CACGCUGAGAGCCGGGCGAAGCUGCUGGACGACGAAAGGCAGCCCAAACAGCCACAAAAAAAGGGCAGCGAACGGCCAAAAAUAGCGACAGACCAAAGAGAGCAAAAGAUGCCAAGCGACGGCUGGAAGGGAGCCGACACGUAUGGGAACGACUUAGAUUAUGAAGGAGGGAAAUACUCGAGAGGGGCAACCCACGGCCAGACGGCGAACCAGAUCCUCAUGGGCGGCGGCCUCCCCUCACCCGUACCCGUGCGAAGCGGUGGCCGAAGCGGUGGCCGCGACGUGGGCUUCGAGCGAAGAGUCCACUCGACACUCUACAGGAACCAAGGACCACUAGUGUCGCAGGACGACUCGUCCUUCCAUUCGUAUGGCUACGAGCCGAAGGCGCGCGACAGCCGCGGCCACCGCGUCGAUUAUAAUGAAGACGAAUUGUCAUUUGCGUCGUCGUCAGGACGUGUCUCGCCCUUCAUGGGCGCCGGGCCCAAGCCGAGAUCGAAUACGUUGGACAAUGCCCACGACCCGGGAGCUGCGGCUCGGAAAGCUUCAUUAGAAGAAGGUCUAGAUCUGCACGAAAGCGAGAGACCUCGCACGGCAGAGUCGAACCACCCGCCCAUCGGCUACAUGCACCAGUGCAUGCAGCUCGCCUGUCUGAUGGGCGACGUGAAAGAAGUAGAAAGAGUGGCGGCCAUCGAAGGGUAUAACCUCGAGCACCUCAUACUAGGUAAGAGGCCGAUGCAUCUGGCGGCGGUCGCGAACCAGCCCGACGUCAUUAGGGCAUUAGCUAAAGCUGGGGCGAAGUUGAAUGGCUCCGACGGCACGUCCAACAGGUCCAAGCCGAUCCACGUCUGCGCCGAAGUCGGCGCGGUCGAGGCCGCGGACGCGCUGGUCAAGCUCGGCGCGCGUUCCGAAACGAGGCCGGGAGACGGCUUAGGUCCCUUACACAUCGCCUGCAAGCACAACCACCCCGAAGUGAUUGCUGUCUUACUAAGAGCGGGGGCGAACCCCGACGCGGCGUCGCGCGAGGGCACGCCGCGGGAACUCGCGGAACUCUACCACUGCACGCGUUGUGUGGAUGCGAUCGACGACUAUAUCAUCGACCGGCACGACGACAAGAAGCUCGCGAGUUUCCACAAGAUGAGUAUCACCUCCCCCGCGCGGCACCUGGGCGCGCACCUGGACCCGGGCCACGAGCCCCCGACGACGCCCAAGAGCGUGAGAUUCAAGGACCAGAAGCAUUCGGAGCGAGAUCAGGCGCUCAUCGAGAAAGCUCUGCAUGACUUGGAGAUGCAAUGUUGUACAAGACCCUUAGCGUCGAUGCAAGCGGCCUUGAUGACGGGCGACCAUGCCAAAGUCCAAAAACUACUGAGCUGGGGCGGCGACUGCAACGCCAUGUGCAAUGGCCGAAGACCAUUGCAUUGCGCGGUGCUCGGUGACAGUGUCGAGUGCCUCAAAAUCUUGCUCGCGCAAAAAGACAUCGACGUGAACGGGCGAGAUGGGGUAAGUUUCCAGACGCCCUUGCACGUGGCCUGCGACAUCGCCUGCGACCCGGACAUCGUCGUGAUCUUGGCUAAUCACCAUGGCGUCCAUAUUGAUGCCACAGAUGCCAAAUUCCGACGCCCUUUACAUAGAGCGGCCGAGGAGGGCGACGAGAUGGCCUGUCGGUUACUUGUCCAUCUAGGUGCUGAUGCGCGUGCGAAGGAUACGACGGGCCAACGGCCUCGCGACUACUCGAAAGCGCAUGGGUAUACCAAGCUCUCAGGUGUCUUAGCGAAGGCCGAAGCGGCUGCGGUUCGGAAGAAGAACGCUCGAAGAAGGACCAUGGCCAUGGCGAAACUGAAGCAUGUGAGCCAUCGGGGCGACGGCGCGUCCUUCGGUGGCGACUCGACGCGGUCCUACUCGACGAUCGGGUCCACGAAAUCAGCUAAAAGCCGAUCUAGUAGAAGACAACAAAAAACUCACUUCCCGCCGGCCUCGCCGACGCGGUCGCCGUCGACCUACCGCGCCAAGGACGAGGUCGUCGAGGAGCUCGAAAGUGUGCUGGCCGAGGUGCGGACGCAGCCCCACGGCCACCUGAAGGUCGAUUCCUUGGUGAGCGAAGCGUCACGAGCGGUCCAUUUGGGGACGCCCCAAACGACCUGGGACACGAAGCGGGGCUCCGUCGCGAAGGCCCGGUCGCCGGACAAGCCUUUACCAACUUCGUUGGACGAGCGCUUCCAGCAGUACGACGACUCGCGACCCAUGACCGCCGAAGAACCUCCCGAAGAAAUGGAGUACGACUGGCGGAAGCCGCCGAAGACGCCGGUGACGCCCCCGACGGACACGCCGAACAUUUCGCAGUUGUUGGUCCCGCCCGACGACACGACGUGGCGCAACGAGCACAUCCCCGAGCCGCCUGCUUCCCCACCGAAGAAGGCGAAGCGCAAGCGGCGGAAGAAAUCCGUGGAUGAGGACACGACGCCGCCGGGCACGUCCCGUCAUGAGAGGCGGCGCGGCGACGGACGGGCAAGGCGGAAGAAGUACGUGCCUCCGUUGGGGGGCAAGUCGCCGGCGGUCGACAUUGCAAAAUUCUUCCGGGGCGAUUCUGGGGAUGAAGCCGCGACGGCCUACGCCGUCGUUGGGAAACACGGGCCGGGCUACGACGGAGACUACGACGACGAAGUCGACGACGGCUCGCAAUGGGCACAAAUAGAAGUAGACAACGAAAAGGCCGAGCCGGCGUCCAUCGACGGCGAGUACGGCGGCGGCGCCUUCAGCAGCUACAACCGCGUGCACGUCGCCGUGUCUCCGAUCAAGGCCGACCCGAUGGGGUUUGGGUCCAGCGUGCCGACGGGCCGGAGCUCGCCCACUCUCAAAGCUAGGGGGUAAAUUCUUCAUCACAA